GCACAGCGUAGCCGCCGCCCGGAGGUCCCCCGCUCACCCCUUCCCCCGCAGCCGCGGCGGGCGGUGCCUCGUUCCGUCGCUCACAGCCGCGCAGAGGCGGAAGCGGCGGCGCCGAGGCCGGGCGGCGGCGGCGGGAGGUCCUGAAGAUGGCAGGUAGCUCAGCUCCUUGGAUCGGCAGUGCUUACCUCUUCCUUCAGUCAACGUGCAAGACGAUCAUUCUGCCAAAUCUCUAUGAAAGCUCCCAGAAGAAGCCCUGCGUGUUCAAGGCUCUGAAGCUAGCAUUAGCAGACUCCACCGGCAGCGUGAACGGUGUGGACAUGCUCAAAGUGCACUGCAGCCACCCACAUCUGAUAGUCCAGCUCAAAUUCUGCAAGCAGGAGAACUGCCGCCGCUUCCUGCAGAGUUACCGGGAAGGAGAGCUCCAGAAGUCCCUCCAGAACCACCUCCAGGUCUCCUUGGCCAUGACCACGGUGCCUCUAGAAAUGGAGCUGAAGGCUGGCAAUGAGCACCUGGACAACAUGCUGAAGGAUGAAGAUCGCUGCCUGGAGUGCAUCUACAGAGAAAAGCCCGACCGCCUGCGGGACGAGGAAAUCACAGAGCUGGAGGAACGUCUCAAGAGCCUGAUUCUUCACCAGAACAUUAACAACAACAUGCCUUCCAAGGACUGCAUGUCACUGAACUCCCCAUCUCUACCUUCUCAAGGCAGCUCCCUUUCCCCACAAGUCACAUUUCUUUUUCAGGGACAACAGUUUGACAACAGAACACUCACACCAGAUGACCACCAGAAAUUUGCCAAGCUUGUGUCCAAGAAGUGGAAGCAAGUGGGUCGCUCUUUGCAGAAGAACUGCCGGGCCCUGCGAGAUCCUGUCAUAGAUAACCUGGCCCACGAGUACGACCGAGAGGGACUAUAUGAACAAGCCUAUCAGAUGCUUCUCCGAUUUAUCCAGUCAGAGGGGAAGAAGGCAACGAUAGCGCGACUGAUUGCAGCGCUGGAAGAAAAUGGUCUCACCAGCUUAUCUGAGGAGCUCUUGGGCCUCCAUUCCAAUGAGGAUGACUCCUAGAGCCCAAAGGGUAGUGGCAUUGCUGAGGGCUUUCUUGCUUUAGCUAGUGUAUGAGACUGCUGCCAGAAUCUGGGAAUGUAAAGCCUUGAAAAUCACCGCAGAUUUAUGUGCUGAAGGGAGUGCCCAGGGCAGAGUUUCUGUGCUCCCAGAAGCCAGCACGGGGCUCUGAUGUUCCUUAUUUCUUUCUGUUUCCAGAAGUCGAUGUUACUUUCCCGUGAACCACUGAGAGGCUUUCAGCCUGACUUCCUUCAGAACUGAAAUGUCACAGAGAAGCAGCCAGGCAAGUUAACGAGCCCCAGGGGAAGGUGGGAAGAGGUGAAAAGCAAGGAAGGCAUCUCAGAGAAUUUCUUUGGGAAGCAGACAAUGCCAGUGUUUCUCAGAUGUGGCCCAGGGCCAUCACCUGGAGAGCUGCAGUAUAUUUUGUUAUAUUGACAUUUAUGCCUUCAGGCAUGACACUGUGCAAAGACAAAGGAAAAGUCAAUUUUAUAUUGUUUUCUUUGUUCUUCAAAUGAGGAACGUCUGCAGCAAGUACACCUGUCCUGCUCUACUCCAGUGUAGUUCCUUCCUACAUCUCACCACGUGAAGGUUCCCCUUUACCUAGGACAGUCAUCGUCUUCCACAGGGCACAAGAUCGCUGCUGUAGAACAGAUUUCAGGCACUGAACAAACAACGUGGAUAAGCACAAAUUCAGAGGACGACUCCCGACUCUUUGAGGACCAUGGUGAACGAUAAUAUAUUGACUGCCUCACAUCUAGCACUUCCCACCAGCCUGGAGGAGUUUGUAUCUGUGAAAAGGAAAACACAGUGCUGCAAGAAAAAUAUACAGCCUUAGAGUCAGCAAGUUAUCUACAGGUCAAUGCUGUACAGUGCACUGCAGCAUCAAAUACCAGCCAGACCCUGCUGAGCAAGCCCCUCCAACCAUCUGGCUGCCAGUGCCUUUGCUCAACCUGUCCUUGGCCUGCUGAGUUCACCGGAGAGGGUUGCUUGCUCACACAUCCUAAGUGUCAGGAUUUGCACAGAGCCUUUCCAACAAUGAUGGUGGUGUUGCUGUGUGACACUUGGGCAUCACCUACUGUGCCUGGAUCUACCUGCCUUGCUUUUGAGGGCAAAAUAUUGCUUACAAGAGAAAGCACCCAAAACUCAGGGCCGAUUCGUGCUUUCAGUUCCAGUGAGAUAAGCCUACUGUCUCCUGGUGUGUUGAUGCAGACUGCAACAGAGCAGAGUUUAUACCUUUACCUAUACCAAAGCACAGAGCAACAAGUUUUUAGUACAGCACGGAUCCCAAGAACCACAACAACGAGCUUUGACGUAUUCCUUAAUUUUACUGAUACGUUUUUACUUAGGCUUCUCUGUUAAUUCUCUCCCUCCUUGAGCUUCCUAUCCAUGGGAAGGAACAGCCAGCUGAUGGGUCUUGGAAGUUAUGUCAGAUGGAGAAGGGGCAGAGGAGGGAAGAAUGUUUUCCAUGUCCUGUCCUCUCCCUUCCAGCAGUACCAGCACUCUCCUCAAAAGAAAACAAAUAUCUCUGCCAGGUUUCCUUUUGGGACCAGCACAGUGAUGCUGAUCUUCAUUAGUUUAGGCUGCAGUGGGACUGUACCUCAGAGCAUUUAGCUUUCCCCGGCUGGGGAACUCUCUUUGGCAGCAACCCACCUGGCCAAUGGUAUUAAAAAAAAAAAUCAGAAACUUGAAAAUUACCUUAAGAGCAACAGUGUUUGCUCUUUAUUUUGCAACAAAUAACUUUUCAGAAAAUAUUAUAUGCAUGGUCUGCUGCCUCAUUGAUAGUGAAUAUUUCUGAGUUCUCAGUCUAUAGGUAUUCGUGUGCUCAACGUUCAUUCACAUAAGGCAGUGGCCCACUGGUGCCAGCUUUUGUAUUGUCUCUUAGUGCUCAAAAUGAGAAAGGCUCAUUCUUCAGCAUCAGCUUCAAGUCCAGAAACCUUCCCUGCUGUUAUUACAGAGGACUAAGCAUGAACACUUUUUUCUAUUUUUUUUUUUUUAAUGCAAACCUUGUGCAUUUUAUUCUUCCACUAGCAAUUGGCCUGUGUGUUUCCUCUUACUCACAGAUUCCCUCCCAAAAGUGCCAUUAAGUGCUGGAGCUCCUGGCAACUUUUCUGGAAUAUCGUCAUCUUAAACAGCAUUCACAGCUACCUUCAUUGCAGAGGUGCAAAGGAAAGGGGUUUUCCAGUGAUAUUCCGUAGCGGAAUUAUCCUGAGUACAUGGGGUGGUUUGGGACCAUAGCUGGGAUGCUUCAUGCCUUCUUUUCAGAAAUUGGGUAUACUGGUUGUCAUAUGUAACGUGCAGUGCACAUUUGAUUCAGGUCUCAAGCAGACUCCUUCCUGCUAAAAGAGUUGAGGUUUUUGCGUAUCAUUUGGCACAAACAUAGAUAGAGGCAAUUUUCACAGAUGCCUUCUGAUAAAUUAGGACGUGAGAACCCAGUGUCAUUUGCAUUGAAUUGACAUGUGGUUAGAGUGUGACUCUGGACUUGGGCCUGUUUUAUCCAGAAGAUUUUACAGCUGUUUUGCACCACGGUGCCAGGACAUGGGAACUUACCGCACACAGGACAGGAGGAAGCACUCGCAAACAAAAAACAUUAGCAGAGAUUUGUUGAAGAAAUUAAGAGUCUUUACCUCUGAUAGCAAUGCAACGAAUGAAACCAGAGAAGGAGUUACAUGUUGGGGAUACUUGCUGGAAAGUUGGCACUCAGUGCUGGACGCUGGCUUUGUUCCUUUCCUGGGCAAAGUUGUUUCACACUGCCCUUACUCGGGUGCCAAGACAUGCAGGUGACCCUCCCUUUGUACUAUUUAUACUGAUUAGCUGAUGUCUAGUGUGUGAGAUAGGCGAAGAGCAGAGCUGCAGCUGAAUUGGACCUCAUCCCAUGACAGCACUUCCCUAUGUGUAGAGAUACGCCUGAAAAAAAUACUGACGGGGGAGGCAGUCAAACAUGCAUCAAACCAGCACACAAUAUUAAAAGCAAAUGAAGAUUGUAAUCAGUCCUAUAUAAAAAAAAAUGAAAUAAUAGACAAAAUCUAAAAUGAACAGCAGAAACCAGGCCAAAACACGUGUCCAAGGAGGGAUCCAAGAGGGCUUUUGUUGUGGUGCAGACUGUUUCUGUGGUUUUAGCAGUGUUUCAGAUUUGAAAGAGGCUUCUUUCAGUCUGCCAGAAGGAAUAAAAACACAUCCAAAGGAGGAUUUGAGAGACUUGUUUUGGCACAGCAGAGCUACAUCUGGGCAGCUAGAAAGAGUGGAAGUCAAAGUGCACAGAAUUUCACAUGAGGUUUCUCAGAAAGUAAACAGAAGGAGCACCCAGAUGUAAAACAGGCACGAAGGAAAGCACUGGACUGCCCUGGAGGACAGAGCCAGCAAAAGGCCUCUUGGAUGCCGGUGGAAAAUACACCAUGGAUUUUAAUUUUCCUGCUGAAGAAGAACACGUGUCAUCCCAGCUGAUUAAUCAAAGCAGGGGCAGAGAAGGUGCUUUCGGCCAGCUUUAGCUCUCACAAGCUGCAGCUGCCUAUGGACGAGUUGACUCAAAAAGAAGGACAGGGUUUUGGUGUUACUGACUGGAUUUGAAAAUCACAAGCCAGAUCAAAAAGAAAUAAUUAAAUUCACUUCCAGUUUUUCACAGCAAGUCAAAUUAAAAACAAAUGUCAAUUGACCAGUUGCAGCAAUGCUAUCCAGGGCUCCACACAGUUGCAGAGGCAGAUACAUGGAUUAUUUUUAAUGCAGAAUGGGAUGCUAAUGUCUGAGCACUGCAGGUUACAGAACUUCAGGUGAGUCUCAGCUAAAAUGGUUUGCUGGAGUUUCAUAGGAAGUCUCAGUACCGUAUCUGUUUCACAGCCUGGGGGAAACUGCAGCAGAAAAUGUCUCCUGCACUGCUGUCUGCCCAGAUAGGGCAACAUUAAGGUCAAAAAGCAUGUAGGCUGAGGGAAACCACCUGCUUGGGGAAGUCAUAGGUGCCUGGGGAGGAAAUUGCUCCAGCAAAAGGUCUUCUCCUCGUGUGAAGAAAUUGUGUUUUUUUCCCCUCUUGCCAUUCACUGAAAAAUCUGCUUCAGCACUGAGGAGAUGUCCUGCUGCCAGGGCCACCUCCGCCCUUCCAGAGUUACCUCAGAGCCACCCGAGUCACACCACAGCAACUCUCCACUGGCUCAGAAACCUAACAUGGUGCAUAAAGCACCGAGGGGCCCCAAACUCACUUGUUUAGUUUAACCGAAAGUUCCUAUGCAGCUACGAACCUCUGGCGUUGCACAUCUGAAACCAAGGCAAUACUGGAACGGGGAUAGAGAGGGUUUCUUCAGUCCAGCCCACACAUCGGAGCGGAUGAGUGGGAUUGGUGAGGUGCUCUGCUUCUCACGGCUGGGUCUGCCCAUUUGCUUUUGCACAGUGAUGGGCCCAACUGGUGAGGCAAUUUUUAAGGCCUGAAGUCAAAAAACUACAUCUUUUUUUUUUUUCCUUCUCUGGAUUUCACUGGGCCUGAACUCUUAAAGCCAGUGAAGGAGUUUGGCCAGAGAUCUCUAAUUGAAAUCAGUUGGAGAUCUGUGGUCAAGUCCCUUAGUCAUCAGUGGAAAAAUCCCUCACUGACCUUCUACUUCCAAAUUUCCACAAUAUGCAGCAUCAGAUUGGGAUCAGCCAUCUGCAGCUGUGGGCUGCAAAGCCAUGCGUACUCAGGUCUGGGGCAUUCAACCUCCACGGUAUUGUCUUCUAUAGAAAAAAAAAAUCACUUUGGUCUAUUUUUCCAUUCUCUUUUAUAAAUAAACAUAUACUUUUGACAAAAAGA